CAUGUCCGUAUUAAGAUUCUAUCUAUCUAUAUCUAUCGAUAGAAUUUACUGAUGUACUACGCCAGUAAAUUAACAGAAACCGAAUAAGAUCUGCAUGCACCGGCAUCUAAUGACAACAGAAAUCAUACAGAAGUUGCAAAAGUUCUUACUCGAUUCCUGCCACCAAUAUAUUGAAAUAUGUUUGCGUAUGAUUGGGCAGAAAAUAACCAAAGUCAUCAAGGUUGAUAAAAUUUCCCAUGACGUCUACAAAGCAUACCUGAAGUAUUUAUAUACCAAUACAAUCGAUUUAUAUCUUAUAAAUACCUUUGAGAAGGUAUCAGAACUUUUUGAUUUGGCCAAUGCUUAUUAUGAGGAUAACCUCAAGAAGCAGUGCAUUUAUAGAAUAAAGCAAGAAAUUACUGUAUCAAAUGUCGCCUACUUUUAUAACUUUGCAGUGAAGUAUGAAACAGAGGAGCUGAGAGAAUUCUGCGUCCGGUUUGCCGUUAUUCAUAUGAGAGCUGUGGUGAAAACAGAAAAUUUCGCCAAGCUUGAAGAUGAGAAAUUGAUGAAUAGAUUUAUAAAUGAA